UGCGGUGAUUACGCAGGCCUCGCAGCGCCAGGGACAGGCGAGUCUGCGCAUGCGCUCUUCUUUAGCCCGGUUGAAGCUGGUGUCGCCGCCAUUACGGGCAGGGAGGAAGCGAGCGGACGUUGGUGGGCUGAGCGCCCUUUAUCCGCAGUUUGGGUGGCUAAUACCGGGCCUGGAAGCGCUAAUUGGUGGAAAGUUCUUUUCUGGUCCCAAAAUGUCGGUUGUCAUAAAAUUACAGGGACUCUCCAUAGAAGCAAACUCUAUUGAUAUUCGGCAAUUUUUUAGUAAUCUGGAUAUUCCUAAGGGGUAUAUUUAUAUCACUGGAGGAAAAUAUGGUGAAGCUUUUAUUAUAUUUUCAUCCUAUGAAGACGCCAGGCGUGCCAUUAGUUAUUCAGGCCGACCUUUAAAAAACUCCUCCGUUCAUCUUUCGAUCAGUAGUCAAGCUGAAAUGCAGCGUGCUCUUGAAGAAAUAAAUAGUAGGUUUAGUUCUGUAAAUUCUGCUUCUGGCAAUGGAACACCGUCAUAUAAGGAAACAAGUUAUUUCAGAAAGCCAGACACUUUAUAUGUUUAUGUACAUGGAAUGCCCUUGAACACCACAAAGGUUGAAAUAAAAUCAUUUUUUGUCGGACUGACAGUGGAGGAUGCCAUUUUCCUAAAAUAUCCUUCGGGUCUUAGGAACGGCAACGCGAUUGUUAAAUUUACCACAAGCGGAGAUGCUCAUGAAGCAGUAAAGCGCAGCGGACAGCAAAUGGGUUCCACCCCUGUAUCACUCAUGCUCUCAGAUGAAGCAGAGUGGAUUAAAGUUGGAGGUGUUCGUGCACGUAAAAGGGAGCUCUCUCCAGAAGUUUCUUUUGAUGAUCGAAAGAAAAGUGUUCCCCACUCCAGACAUGAACUUAUAAAGACCAGAGCUCGAUCGCCUUAUGAGGAGCGUUUCGUUCAUCUUAUAAACCUGCCGUAUGAUGUAAGCAAAAGAGAUAUCAAGGUUCAUUUUGGCAAUCUUGCCAUGAAAGAUUCACAGAUUACUUUCCUGUGUGACUGGUCUGGUAAAAGAACAAGGGAAGGGUUUGUGAAGUUUACAAGUAUAAAUCAGUAUCGCGAUGCUUGUGCACAGCACAGAAAAGAGUUUUGCAGUCGAUUAGUGGAUGUGUUACCUAUUUCUGAAAGGGACAUGAUGGAUUUAAUUGCACGUACAGGAAAAAAACCAAGGGAGCGCUCUUUGCGAAAAGAUUCACCCAAAAAGUGUUCACAAGAGUCAAAUUUGGGCAAAGGGAAAUGUAUAUAUUUAAGAAAUUUUGCCUCAAAUGUUACUAAACCUGACAUUCAGAAUUUUUUCUCUGGGUUCUCUUUAAAAGAAGAGGAUAUAUUUUUGUUGUAUGAUAAUAAUGGGAUUGGCCUUGGGGAAGCAUUGGUGGUAUUCUCAACUGAAAAAGAAGCUGAGAGUACUAAAAAACUUCACUGCAAGAAGUUUCAGGGAACAGAAAUCCUGCUAAGUUGUAUUAAUGAGCAACAGAUGAAAGCAUUUGGCGUGAAUACAAGUGCAAGGCAAUCUGAAGCCAAAAUUCAAGAGCAGGCACCAGAAUAUAAAGCAAGAGCUCCAGCAAGAGAAACACAUCUACCAGUCACAGAAGUAGGGGCUUCAGUCAAUAUGAAGUGCGAACAUUUAGACUUACCAGUUAAAUUACAAUCCUCUAAGUUACCUGUUGCUUAUGAAACUCUUCAGUCACUAGACUUACCAUUUACUUUAGGUUCCACAGACUUUCCCAAGAAUGAGGAUUUUGCUGAAAAUGCACUCCACAGAGCAGUGGACACACCUUCUAUUGCUAAGGAUGUCCCUUUCAUUCAAAUACAAGUUAACAGUGGAAGUGUUCCUGAUAGUCCGGUUAAAGAUGUUAUUCCUAAUAACAAUGGAAACCAGAAUGGAGUAGGAGUCGUUUUGGUCAAGCACUUGCCACGUACAUUUACAGUUAGCGAGGCUCUAGACUUUUUCCAUGGAUACAAAGUGAGCUCAGUGAAUCUAGCACAAAUCGGAAAUGGCGUUGCCAGAGUUCGGUUCCAAACUCACAAGGAAGCUGUAGAUGCAGUGAAAGAUUUAAAUAACAAACCAGUAGGUCAUCACAAAGUAUUUCUGGCCUUAGUUUAAUGACUUUCAAUGAACAUUUAUUCUUCAAGGAGAAUCUUGAGAGCACUGGUUCAAGGGCGUUGUCUUUGGGAUGUGACUGAAUCUUGUAAUGAAGUCUUAUGCUUUUGUAUAUAAUACUUUCAGUUCUAUGCUGUGCACAAAUAUUUAUAAGUAAACAAAUACCAGUUAUAUAUUCUUCAUUCUUUCUUUGACAUCAGGCUAUGCAAUUAGCCAGUCCCAAAAUGCCAUAUAUAUGCCACCAAAAGUUAUCUGGCUCUGUGGUGGCACAUUUAGUUACAAUAGCGGUAAUUAUCAGAAGUGUAUUUGCAAAACUCAAUAAAACAGAAAUGAAAGUGUAAUUGCUUGUGAUUUAACAACCUAGCGAUCAAGCUAAAAUGUGUAAAUAACACAAUUGUAUUAUGCUGAUUAACAAACCACUCAUACAAGUCAGCUAGUCUAGUGACUUUAGAACUGUCACUAUUAGAUACUGUAUAUCAUGGCAUGGAUGAAUGAAAACUUUCAUAUAUGUAUUUGAAAGAAUACUGUCAUGAUUCUUAUGGUGUAGUUUCUUUUUAUAUAUUACAUUAUGUGCAUCUAAAAAAAAAAAACAUGCUACCAUUUAAACUAAUAAAUGUUUUCAAGUUUUAAUAA